GCUUGUGUUUUUUCCCUUCCUCGUCGUCCAGCGAGAGGACAAGAUGGCAGCGCGAGCGCGUCGAGCAUGCACUGGGUGCGAAUUAAACCUGAACAUGCUCUCUAAAGACCUGCAGUUCCACCACAGCUGCUAUCUGUGAAGGUAUGGCCUCACAGGUUACGGUCUGCCCACCAUAUUUUUAUCAACCCCAGACAAGUGCCUUUUGCAGAGCGAAGAAAAUCGAUCCCAGCAGCUGUGUUUACUAUGAAAAUAUCCCUCGCACUUACGUGGUCGGUGUGAAUCUUGGCAUCGCACACCCUACAGAUAUUAUACCCUUGUCACGAAUUGAAGCGGUGACUAGUGAGAAACCCUGUGGUGCACAGGCCUUCUCAAUACAGAAGGAAUCCUCUACAGCUCCUCAGGAGCUCCUUGAAAGGGCUUCUUCGCUAUACACACGAGUGGCAUCUGAGGGUGACCUUCAGUAUUUCUUCAGAGCGGACGCAACAAUUGCAGAAGAAAGUGGAGACAGUGGCCAAAACAUACUUAGUAGUUGUAGUUCUAGUGCUCCAGGAGGGGCAGGAGACGACGAGAAGAACGGUGGUUUGAAUUCGCUUGACGGAACCCAAAAAUGUGGGUUUAAAUGUGACGGUGAGGAGUUUGAGAAGGGCAAGAGCAUCAUGCAGAUAGUAGAGGAGUAUUUGACUCUACCUGCCAUGUUGCAAACAAAUGUUGGCAGCACGACCGCAGUGGGCGUUGCUCCACCUGAGCAGAAUGGAACAGGAAAGGGGGCAGGGGAUGGCGAAUAUCAGUUGGUGCAACACGAAGUGUUGUGCUCCAUGAAGCACACCUACGAAGUGUUGGAAUUCUUGGGGCGUGGUACAUUUGGUCAAGUGGUCAAAUGUUGGAAAAGGGGCACCAAUGAGAUCGUGGCGGUGAAAAUACUGAAGAACCACCCAUCGUAUGCACGGCAGGGCCAGAUUGAGGUGAGCAUCUUGGCCCGACUAAGCGGGGAGAACGCAGAGGAGCAUAACCUGGUGCGGGCUUUUGAGUGCUUCCAGCACAGGAACCACACCUGUCUGGUGUUCGAAAUGCUGGAGCAGAACCUGUAUGACUUCCUCAAGCAGAACAAGUUCAGUCCUUUGCCGUUGAAAGUGAUUAGGCCUGUGCUGCAACAGGUGGGCACUGCGCUGAAGAAGCUCAAGAGCUUGGGCCUGAUCCACGCUGAUCUUAAACCAGAGAACAUUAUGCUGGUAGAUCCUGUAAGACAACCGUUCCGUGUGAAAGUGAUUGACUUUGGCUCUGCCAGCCACGUCUCCAAAGCUGUGUGUUCAACGUAUCUGCAGUCCCGCUACUACAGGGCUCCAGAGAUCAUCCUGGGCUUACCCUUCUGUGAAGCCAUAGACAUGUGGUCACUGGGCUGCGUCAUCGCUGAGCUGUUCCUGGGCUGGCCGCUUUAUCCAGGAGCGCUGGAGUAUGACCAGAUUCGUUACAUCUCACAAACUCAAGGGUUGCCAGGAGAACAGCUUCUGAAUGUGGGAACAAAGACGGCCCGCUUUUUCUGCAAGGAGUCUGAUUCGCCAUAUGCGGCUUGGAGACUGAAGACAACUGAAGAACAUGAGACCGAGAUGGGGUUGAAGUCCAAGGAGGCCAGAAAGUACAUUUUCAGCUGUUUGGAUGACAUUGGACAUGUGAAUCUAAUGCUCAACAUGGAGGGAUGUGACCAGUUGGCGGAUAAAGCAGACAGGAGAGAAUUUGUGGACCUGCUGAAGAUGAUGUUGAUGAUCGAUGCCGAUCAGAGAAUUGCCCCUUCAGAUGCACUUACUCACCCUUUUGUCACUAUGCAGCACCUGAUGGAUUUUCCCCAUUGCAGCUAUGUCCAGUCUUGUUUCCACAUCAUGGAUGCGUGUCACUCAAGAACCAGUAUUUACGAUACUUUCAACCGGAACAAAGUACCUCCUCUCAUGAAGUCUGUGACGAUUCCCAGUGCUCCAAAUAUCACUGUUGCCUUCAACAAAAUGCCCUCUGUCCACUCUCAGAACCUGCCUCCUUCGGCUCCACCUGUGGUCCAUCCUGGGAUUCCCAUCCAAACAGGAAGUGCCCAGUUUGGGUGUAACGACUCGUUUCAGCAUCCACUUAUUCUCUGUCCUCCUGCCCUUCAAGGAAUUCCCUCAAACCCAAGUCAGCCAGCAGGCUAUUCGGUUAGAAUAGAGAACACUCUUCCUCUUGUGACCCAAGCCCCAUCAAUCCAGCCCUUACCCAUGAGACCAGGAGUUAUUGCACAACAGCCAUGGUCCAACAGAACUCCACAGAUCUUGGUGCCAGCUUGGCAGCAGGUCCCACCACCUGCUACGAGUUUGGCAUCCGACACAAUUGUUGGACCGCAGAGGCGAGGAGACUGGGGGAAAGUGCGGCCACACAGCAGCCAUUACAGUUCGGUGAUGCCCCAACCUAUUCUUCCCAACCACAUGACUGUGUCAGCUCAUCAGCCAAUAAACAUUGGCAUCGCUCAUGUGGUUUGGCCUCAGCCUGCAACUAACAGGAGGAACAAGCCCAGUCAGAACAGGAGUAUGAAUGUCUCGCACUACACGGACACACAGCUCUCAGUGUGUCCGUCACCAAAGAUGGCGGACAGGUUGGUGAGUACAGAGCCAGAGCGGAGCUCUCCAGACAAAGAAGUGCAGUCCCAGGUAAAGCAGGAACCAGAGCAGGUGGAGGGCUGCUGUAAGGCAGGGGUGGCCAAUCAGCAGCGAGAGUCCAUUAUUAUCAGAGAGUCACCCAGUCCAGCGGUCAGUGUCAUUAGCAUAAGCAGUGGCACAGAUGAGGAGGAAUUACAGAGAUGCUCCCUUAACAAGUGUAAGGGCAGUCCUGAGUGUGAGGCCUGCACAGGCUCUUUGAACAUGGAGCGAGUGUGUUCUCUCAGCAGUCCUGACAGCAGUCUGAGCACCAGCUCCUCAGCCUCAGCACAAUCCAGCCCGUCACCAUGCAAAAGACCCAGCAGUAUAUCAGAAGAUGAUGGCCAUGAAAGUGGGUGUGAAACAGUAGAUGGGUCCCCCCCUUCAGACUCCUCCCUAGGGCCGCACGACAGCCCCUUCCCGGAAAGACGCUUCCUGACCAACCAGAACCAAAACCAGAAACCCCAGGCCAGGCGUGGACACUUUGACACAGGGCUGAACAAACCUGCAGUUAGGACUGUUGUAGUGCCACCCAUGAGAGUGCUGAACAAUAACCACCAUCCCAACAAUGAGCAGCACACAGACUCUAAAGUUUACUCAGAAUGGUGCCAAAAACAACAAAACAUCCAGUUCUGUGGCAGUUCUGUGGACGGAAACACCUUGUUGGUGAGAGAGGUCAACAGAGAAUGGCCAGACUGGUUCGAGCUGACAGAAAGGCUACGUCUUAGAAUACUCCUGCCACUCCAGAGGUCGCUGCGUCCCAGGAAGACUGAGCCAUCUUUCCACACCGACACUGCCCCGCCAGCAGAAAAUGAGCUCUUCAUUCCAGCCACAGCUGCCAGGCUUUGGCCAGGUCCAGCAUUACGGCUCCUGCCACAAGGAGUGGAACGGCAACUACCGGCAGCCGCGCCGGCCGCAGGCCUUCAUCCCACCCAUGGUGCACGGCCCCACUUUCCCGCUUCCCCACGGCAGCCCCACACACUCUGCCGCCCACCCGCCACCUCCCGCCCUCCUCUCCUAUCCACCUUCCGCGCCCGUGACCCACCUUUUCCCUUCGCCAUGCCCACCGCCGGCCCCACGGCCUGUCUUGCAGCCCGCCUACAGUCUGGUGCACCACCAGGGCAUCAGCAUGGGCAUCAACCACAGGGUACUUCCCUCCCCUACUCUGCUCCCGCAGGGCCAGUUCAAAGCCCUCUUUCCCCCGCACUCCUAUGUGGCAUCGCCCGUCUACGCAGGCUUCCCCCUCAGCCCCAGCAAACUCAGCCAGUACGCGUACAUCUGAGCUGGAGCCCACGGCAGUCCCGUGCACGCAGCCAGUACUGAAUUGCAAGCUGCAAACUCUUUAUAGCCCAAUAGGGUUUCCUUUUUCUUAUGAAGUUUGACAACAGUGACGAUAAUGCAAUUGAAAUCGAGCUUUAUAGAUAUCAUGAUGAAUAAAACGAAAGGAUGAAUAAUUGAGUGAAUGAGUUGAUUACAAAAAAAACUAUCUUUUAAUGUUUUUGCACAUUUGAUACAAGAAAACCCCCUAGUCAUUAGAUCCUCUCCUAUACGGAGAGGGACUCAGCUGAUCAUAACCCCACCCGCUUUUCCCCUAUGCUAUUUUUCCAUAUUGCCUUCUGACGUGCAUAUUAGACACAGUGACUCUUGUUAAGCCAUUGCUGUAUACAGUGGUAAGGCCACACGUGUGCGUGGGAGUCCCCCUUGUGGCGUCCGUAUUUUCAUAGUAGCCUGUGCUCUUCAGUGUUAAGUCUGUUAAUCCGGUGUUGAAAAAGUCACGCUGCAUGUCUCUGCAUGUGCAAGCUUCAAAAGGGGAAGGACUGUAAACCAUCGUUCUUCUCCCUCUGUGUAUGUGUUGUACGACUUGCUGCAUUGAAUCCUGGGUUCAACAAACAGUGCCUUAAAAUCCAUGUUGUUGCAAGGUUACCCCAAGUCCCACUUGCAGUCAUGUGUACUGGACUGCAGCACUUGAAACUUUCAAUCGUUCUUUGUGAUUUUUAUAUUAGGGCUGUUUCGUAGAUUCAUUUGUUAGUGCUUGGUGCAAUAGCGCAUUAGUUGGCUUUCAUAAUCUCUACAUUGGUGUUGAAAGAGAACGAUCACAUCACCGUAAUUAUUUUAUUCAUCUCUUGGGGUUGUGACAUAGGACUUUUUAUUUGGAAAGUGGCUUAGGCGUAAAAUGAUUCAAAGUUUUUGAACCAAACCUGCUCGGUCUAAAUGAGGACUCGGUCCCAAAGGGUUUUCAUGUUUUAAAAUUAGAUGAUUUGGUCAUUAUGAUAUUCUGGAUCAAAACAGUCCUUUACGUGUGGUAUUUACGAGUGGAUUUUUUUGGAUGUAUUGCGCUGAGCAUGUGUUUGAGAGGUAGCAGAGUUAGACUCUUUACAGAUAACGUGCUUCGCUGUAGCAGAGGCAUAUUCAAAUGAACUAUGUACAGAAAAAGCUUGAGUACUUUCAUAUUUGAUAAUCUGUUUCUACUCUAAUAGUAUUUACACUGUUUAAUGAAACUGCAAUACAAUCCAUAGAUUUGGGGUGUACUCUGUUUUUUAUUUUAUUUUCAUCAAUUAUACGUUUAUUUUAGAGUUAGAAGUGUUAUUGGUGUUGGAAUUGUAUCCUGCAGAUUGCUCUGAUGUUGUAUGGUUUCAUGUUUGCUUUGUGCAGAAAUUUCAGUAUUGCGUAUGCAACUGUAAGUCUAUCAUUGCUGGAGUAUUCAGUGCUUUAUAAGAUUAGAGUUGAUUGUGUGCAAUUUUCUUCAUAGAUGCAUGUGACGAAAUAGGAUUUUUGUUUCGUAUUCCUCUUUUUUUCACCAUUUAAUUAAGGCUUUUUUGACGCUGGCUGUUUUGAUUUCAUACAUUCCGUCAGGGAGAAAUAGCUUUUUUUUUCUGUGUGAUUUGUUUAUUUUUUAUUUUUUUAAUCAAAUUUUCAUUAGAUAAGAGUUUUUCAUUAGGUGCGUUUUGUUUUCCUUUGCUGUCACAUAAUUAUGCUUUUGCUACACCAAAGACAGUAAUUCAUUUCUGAAGCAGAGUAGCUACUGUUUUAGCGUAGACCUCAAACGUAGUGUAGUUUAGGCCAUAUUUAACAGAAAAAUCUUUGUAAAAACGUUGAGGUUGAUGUUUAGCUUUUUUUUUUUUUUUUUUGGCAAGUUAUGACUUUGUUUCAUUUACUCUUGAAUGUAUCAUAGAUAAGCUGCUAUAUACUGAUUGCCACUUCAUAAUAGCUGUGAAAUUAGAUGAUUUCCUUCUUCGUAGCCUUCUUAUUUUUAUAUAUGUCUAAUUACCUUGAAAUAGAAGUGAGGAUUUGUUUUGGGUUUUACCUUACUGACUGGCAUCAGAAGCAUUUUAAUGCCUCUCUCUGUUUUGCUUUCUUUUUUGAAGUGUCAUUGUAACUACUGUAUUGCAAGUAAUGGAGAUUUUGUUUUUUGUGUGUGUUGGGUUUGUACUCUUUGUUUGCAUCAGUGUUUUAUCUGUUGUUAUCUUGGGGCUACUUUUUACAUAUUAGAUGCAUAUUGGUGUAUAUCUUAGUACGUAUAUUUGCAUUUUGUUAAAGCAUAGCUUGCAGGAUAGAUUUAACUUUUAAGUAUCAAUGUAAAUUAUAUAUUCUAUGACCCUCUUAUCUCACCAGUUCAGAAUAUUAGCACUUGUUGAUAAGCUAGCCAAAAUUUGGGGUUUGGGCAAAAAUAUUUCGCGUCUCAUCUCGGUAAAAUCAGUGCUCAGAAUUUGUAGUAUUUUUUUUUUAUUAAUUACCCCCUAAUGAUAAUUUGUUCAUUUCUGAUCAUCAAAGUUUUAUCAGGUAUAUUAGUGUUUGAAAAUGAAAAAUACAGAAUGCGCUUGCUCCUGUUUUUGAUUACCAAUGAAGACCCACGUAAGGAGGACUGUUAGUUAGCUCAGAAAUCUAGGAGUUAUCAGACCACCUGUUUUUGCUUAAACAUCUUGCGUGGAUGAUUAUAUGGUUGUGCGAGUUCUCACACACCAGUCCCUGCUCUUUACAGUGAGCAACACUGUGUUAGUGCCUUUGAAAUGUGCUUCAGCCCUUUAUAUCCCCUUUACAAACACUGCCUGCCAGCCACUUCCUCACUUUCAUGUUCCCUUGGUCUGAAUGAACUAGUGAACGGUGUGACUGAGGAAUGAAAGUGUAAUUGCAGUGUUUGAUAGACCUAACUGAAGUGCUGUUCAACCAGUUGCUUAAAAGUAUCUUAAUCCAUGGUAGAUGUCCUAAUGGACCUCUAUAUAGUGUUGAUUAACCUGAUAACCAAUAACGAGUUGGCCUUUGGUAGUCAUACACCAAGCAUGCAAUGCAGUAAUCACAUUUAAAGGUGUCUAUGGAAAUGGAUGGAUGUUUCUCGAAAUUGUGAAGAAAAAUGCUUGAGUGAUUGUUCUUGGAACACAUCUGAAUUAAUUUAUUAUGACCAACAACAAAAAAUACAAUAAUGAAAUUAUAUCAGGGAUUAUUAUUAUUAUUAUGCUGACUAAACACCCAAGACACGGUUUUCUUGUAUUUGGGAUGCUUUACAUAAAUACACUGUGAAUGUAAACAUCAACCCAUGGUUCACCACCAUGUUGAGACAUUUGUAAAAUAGAAUAAAUGAACCAUGCCCUUAACAUUAUCAAAGUUAGCAUUGCCUUCUUUGUGCAUUUGGAGAUACAGUCCAAAAUGUGUUUUGGUUCAUCAAAUUUUCUUGCUUUAUAGUUAUUACCCUAUUAGAGUAGUGGUUCUUUUAUAUUAAGCAUGUAGCACUAGAGAUGAGUACUAAAACUGCUACUCAUGCACAUAUUAUACAAUUGUAUGAAUUCAUUGCAAGUAGACAUUUCAGAAGUGUUUUUCCCAGUGAUCUACCUUCUAUCAAGGUCUACCAAACCCAACGUAAAUAAGAUAAAAAUUAGCCAAAGUGCUAAGGACUGCCGACUGCACAAAUCUAAAGCCGAAAUUUCUUUAAAACUCCCAAACCAAACUAUUUUAAGGUUUUGUUUUGAUUGUUUUCUUUGAUUUCACGCAAUGUUUUUUGUUUUUCCUUUUAGACGUUCUUGUACAGUUCAUUCAGGGUCCUUGUAUUUGUCAUAUGUGCUACUGUUUAACACUUGCCGUAAGAUUUGAGUUGGAUUGCUUUAGAUCUAUUUUUAACUCUUCUGCAUAUUAUAUUUUAGUAAAAGUUAAAUCUCACUGCAAGUUAUCAAAUAAUAUUUAGACUUAAGAGCAAACAGAAUUGAUUUACUAAAUCUGAACUGUUACUGUUUUCAUACUUGUAGAUUUUUGUGAUUUCUGAUUCCUGUUUGCUUUUGAUUUCAAUGCUACAUUAGUUUAGCCAUGUAGCCACUGCACUGUGCAAUAUUCACUAUAUGAGGACUGGGAAACUUUUUUUUUCUUUUAUUUUAUUUUAUUAUUAUUGGAUGUAAUGUCUCUUACAGUUUGCGGUCGUAUUUCUCUCUAGUUCUCAGUGAUUUAUUUGUGACCAAGCCUUAUGUACUUUGUCACAAAAAGCGGGUUUUCCUGGUGACUAUUGGUGUGUCAAAUUAAAGAAAUUAUGGUGUAUUGUCAAAAUUCACUUUGAAUUAAAAUAUAUAUUGCUGCAGGCA